AACCAAACACUAUGAGAAACGAAAACACAAACAUAUUGGAAAGGUUUUCUUAUACCGUAUCUUCCCUUACAAAAAGUUUUACUGAAAAGUUCUCUUUUAGGUGUUCAGAGUAACUGAAUAUUGUAACAAUAAUCGUAAAUACAAGAAAAUACAUAACAUGUUAUCGAUUCCUGAAAUCGCUACACAGUUAAUUGAUAAAACACUUACAAAUGUUAACGAAAUUAACUCCCGAACAAUCUUUCUUGUUGGAAGCAAAUCUGUUGGAAAAACAACACUGUUGUAUUCUUUUUUGGAAAAGAAUGACCCACCACGUGAGACGCUUGUCGUGGAAUACUCUUUUGGGAGAAAAUCGAAUCAAAAACAAGGAAUUGACAAAACUUUGUGUCACAUUUGGGAGUACGGUGGUAAAUUAGAAACUUUGAAUAAUGUGCUGCAAUCAACACCUAUAUGCGGGAAGUUCUUCUUUUGCAUCAUGGUCGAUCUAAGUAAAAUCAAAAAUAUAUGGGAAACUUUAGAGACCUGUACGCAAGUAAUGAAUGACGUCUAUUCAACAACUCAGAAUUCACCCGAAUUAAUAAUAAUUUGUGGAAAAUACGAUCUUUUCAAGAAUUACGACAGUGAAAUUAAAAAGUUUAUCUGCACGACUCUAAGAAGCUUCGCAUUGCUUAAUCAUGCGCACUUGAUGUUUUACUCAUCUAAAGAACCACAACUUCUCAGACGCGCUAAAGAUAUGUUGUUUAACAUAGGUUUCGGAAAUUGUAUUCCUAUCAAAGAAAGGAAUACUAACUACACAAAACCAUUACUAAUUCCAAAAGAUUCCGAUAAUUGGGAAAGUAUAGGUAUUCCGACUUCUACGAUAGAUCAAGUGAAGGUUAGACAUAUGUCUAGAAUACCGCCUAAUGCAGUGAGUAGUAUAUCUAGCUCUAAUACUAUGUCGUCACAAAUGCACGCUCAUCCCGAAGCAACGCUGGAUUCGGUUGUGGCUCUUAAAUACCAUGAACUUCGUAAUAUGGAUUCAUUGGACAUUCCCAUAGAUUAUUUAUUAUCUUUAAAUACAUAAAUAAUUAUUAAUAAUUUAAUUAAUUAAUAGCUUCUCCGUGUGAGAAGACCUUUGCUCAGCAUUGGGCCCGUAUAGGCUGAUGAUGAAUAAAUCAAUUUUAAACUUGA